AUGGUCGGUCCUCUCGAUAAGAACAUGCUUUCCUACAGUGGAGGCAUUAUUGGCCUGAUUGUGCUUAUCCUUGACCUCAUCGUCAUCUUUGAAGUACUCAACUCUCGACGCUCCAUGUCGGGCAAGUUGGGUUGGUCAUUGUUGGUCUUCUUCUUCCCCAUUGUGGGUCUGAUUCUCUACUUCCUGUUCAGCAACCGUGCAGAAUACGGUGCUCGCUACGAGUCGAUUGCCUAA